GAAAUUUCAAUACUCUUGUUAUUCUGUGUACUCUUUCCUUUUAAGCCAAACUCUUACUUUCUAACUAAGUGCUUUUGUCUUCUUGUGAUACACUCUCGUUGUUUCUGUGCUUUGCCUACAUUUAUAGUAUAAAAUGGUUGAAAGAGGUCCUGAUCAGUGGCUUGAAGAGGUUAAGAAAUGUCAAUCUCUACCUGAAAAUGAUAUGAAGCGUUUGUGUGAAUUGGUUAAAGAAAUACUAAUCGAAGAAUCUAACAUUCAACCUGUCAGGUCUCCCGUAACCGUUUGUGGUGAUAUCCAUGGCCAGUUCCACGACCUCUUGGAAUUGUUCAAAAUAUCCGGUGGCUUUCCUGAUAAUGUCAACUAUAUAUUCAGUGGUGACUACGUUGACAGAGGCUAUUUCUCUCUAGAAACUUUCACUUUGCUAAUGUGCUUGAAAGUCAAAUAUCCAAACAGAAUAACUCUAGUCAGAGGGAAUCACGAAUCAAGACAAAUCACUCAAGUUUAUGGCUUUUAUGAAGAAUGCUUAACUAAAUACGGCUCCUCCACUGUUUGGAAAUAUUGCUGUCAAGUAUUCGAUUUCCUAACUCUAGCUGCAAUCAUUGAUGGUCGAAUUCUUUGCAUCCAUGGUGGUUUAUCUCCUGAAAUUAGAAUGUUAGACCAAAUUAGAAUCAUCUCAAGAGCUCAAGAAGUUCCUCAUGAAGGUGGUUUUUGUGACCUAUUAUGGUCAGACCCUGACGAUUCAAUGGAUAACUGGGCUUUAUCUCCAAGAGGUGCUGGUUAUUUAUUUGGCUCAAAAAUCUCAAAAGAAUUUUCUCACAUCAACAACCUAAAAUUAAUAGCAAGAGCUCAUCAAUUAGUCAUGGAAGGUUUUAAAUACCACUUUAAAGAUAAAAGCGUUGUAACUGUUUGGUCUGCUCCAAAUUAUUGUUAUAGAUGUGGUAAUGUUGCAAGUGUAAUGAAAGUAGAUGAAAAUUUAAAUCCUGAUUUUAAAAUAUUUAGUGCUGUGCCUGAUGAUACUGAAAGGAUGGCUCCACAAAAAAAUAAUAGAAGUGAUUAUUUCCUAUAAUUUUCUAUAAUCACCCUUCAUUCUUCUAUAUAUUAUUACUAUUACUAUUAUUACUAACUACAUUUACAUCUACAAUCACAAUUUCAACUUAUAAAUUAUUAUUCUAU